UUAAGAAACUUCACCUGGACACACCUGAACUUCCACCACGGGAGUUACACUUCAAAAGAGGAAAUAAAACAAUUCAGAAAUCUCAACCAGCGCUGAAAUCUGGGCCCAGGGACAAUGGACAAGGGCCCUUCUGGACCAGUGGCGGUUCCCCAAACCCCCCAAUGGGUAGCAGAAGUGGACAAGUUAACAAAGGAUGUAAAGAGCAAUGAGGAUGAAGAAGAGCCAAUGAUGUCUGCAAAAAUGGAAUCCAGUACCCUACCAUGGCCGGAGAACAAACCCGAAACACAGAUUCCCCCAGUCCGAGAUGGAGAAACUACAAGCGUGAGGUCCGAUUGCAUCUCUCUUCGCGGUGGUCUCAGCCGGACUGAGAGCGAGAGGGAAGAGUUCUUGAUGAAAGAGAAGAGGAAGACUGGUGAGGAUUGGAGGGAAAUGGAGGCUGGGAAAGAAGAGAGAGUUUCUGGCAUCGAUCUGAGAAACGGAGUGAAAAGCACCUUCACUGAGAUCGAGUUGGAAGAGGUCAACACAAUGCCGGAGAACGCAGCUCGAGUCUUCAGCCCCAGCAUCACCAUCCUGCGUUCCACCAGCCAUCAGGAGGCUGCAGAAAACUGGAGAGAUCAAGAAGAGGAAGAGAGAAGCCCUUUCCUUGGGUCACAUGGGACACAUGGCACACCGCUAGAAGAGUAUUACCAGGACUGGCCCGAUACACACAAAUCACACUGCUGUAACUGUGGUUGCUGUAACCGUGAUGCUCUUAAACUGGGAGCUUCCAUGUUCACUUCAGCUUUGAUCUUCCCCUUGUUAGUGUGGGGCGGCUAUGUUUUCCUGCCCUUUGAUGCUCCUCUACUGGACAGUGCCCCCCUAAGGCUGGUCUACACCUUGCGCUGCUCAGUUUUUGCAGUCAUACCAAUUGUUCUUGGUAUGUUGGUUCUUGGCGUGUCCCGUCUGUGGUAUCGCUCCUUGAAACCACGAUUUGAAGGGGAGAAGGAAGUUAAGCAAGUCGCUGUUCAUCAGCGUUAUGUGGAGGACUCCAUCUCGCUUUUCCUGCUUUACUUUCUCCAACUGACUGUCAUGGCUGCUUACCUGAAUCAGGAUCUGCUUAAACUUAUUCCCCUCCUCACCAUUGUUUUUGCCUUUGGCAGACUGCUGUACUGGGUCGCAGCGGCGUGUGGCAGCAGUUUGAGAGGUGUUGGCUUUGGCUUCUCGUUUCUGCCCAUGUUGGUUAUGCUGGUAGCCAACAUCUACUUCAUCUUCCUCUCAGAAUCUGCAGGCUCCAUCUUUGCCCCGAACAUCCCAGAUCCACCUGUUCCUUCCAACAAACAGAGGUUCUGGGGAUAAACAGGCCACACAUGACUAUUCUGUUGCUGCCAAAUAUAGACCAGAUCUCUUUCGGCUUAUAGCCAACUUAAAUUGGACUACGAGACAUUGGUUUCUAAGAGUGUGAUUCAUUUUCCUCUCCUGUUCUUUGCAUCCCAGAGCAUUUUUGGAUAAAGAAUAGAUGGGUUCGAUUUGCCAGAACUUUGCUCAAAAGGAGAGAAAUAUGAGAAGUAGAAAGAAGGGAAUGUUUUAUUUUUCUCUAACUUGUGAAUAGUACUUGGGAACUAGUGUAACUUUAGAUGUUAAACUAUGAAUUAAAAAAAGGAACAACCCUUUAUUGCAGCCAAA